UCAUAACGUGGAACUAACUGUAUACACUGUUUUGGGUAAUUAUAACUGCAUAUUCUAAAUAUAUUUCAAGUUAAGGGGAAAAGUAUGCCACAAUGCACUUUGACCUACAUCCGCAUAGCCUCGCUGAUAAUAUCCCAAUCGUAACAGCCAGUAGAACGACGACACAAAGCCGACUGGACAAUGUCGCGGGCUUCGGAAAGACUCCGGCUGUUAAUCGGUCAUCUUGAUCGGUCACCGGCUGUGUUGGCUGCAGUCACUGCUGCUCAAACCCUCAGCCUUUACCCACAGAAACUCAGAUACACGAUGGAUAAUGACCUGCUGACUUCAGAGGAGCGACUCUUUUAUGAGCAAAAUGGCUUCUUCGUUGUCAAGAACCUGGUGUCUGAUGAAGACAUCGACUUGUUGAGGAGGAGGUUUGAGCACAUUUGUCAAGAAGAAGUCAACAUUCCCGGUCUGAUGGUGAUGAGAGACAUCGCCAUCUCCAAGUCUGAGUUUGUUUCUGAUCAGAGAGCUGUGUCCAAACUCCAGGACUUCCAGGAAGAUCCUGACCUUUUCCAGUAUUGCACCUUACCACAGAUUAUAAAAUAUGUGGAGUGCUUCACUGGACCCAACAUCAUGGCGAUGCACACCAUGCUCAUCAAUAAACCUCCAGAUGCAGGAAAGAAAACAUCCCGUCACCCGAUGCAUCAGGAUCUGCAUUACUUCCCAUUCCGACCAGCAGACCGUAUUGUAUGCGCCUGGACAGCAAUGGAGCCGGUGAACAGGCAAAAUGGUUGCCUGGUGGUCCUGCCAGGAACGCACACGGGCACGCUGAAGGAGCACGACUACCCAGAGUGGGAGGGUGGGGUAAACAAGAUGUACCACGGAGUGCGUGACUACAACCCCCAACACCCCCGGGUGCAUCUGAAGAUGGAGAAGGGAGACACGGUCUUUUUCCACCCUUUGCUGAUCCACGGUUCUGGCAUGAAUCAGACACAAGGCUUCCGUAAGGCUAUCUCUUGCCACUACGCCAGUUCUGACUGCUAUUACAUCGACGUUAAGGGAACCACACAGGAAAACAUCGAGAAUGAAGUGAAGGAGCUCGCAGCCAAGAAAUACCCCACAGCUAUUAAUAUCACCUUCCAGGAUACCUGGGCCUUCAGAGGUCGCCUGGUGCAGGGAGAGCGACACACACUGUAAAGUGGCCUUCAGAAGACAAACUGAGCUGAAAUUAGCACUGAGCGACAUAGUGAUUGUAGCAAAAACAAUAGGGUGUGUAGGUUGAGACUAGCUUCUGCUUGAAGAUGAAAAUGUAUUACAAAUUCCAUUUUAAAUUAAAUGGAUUUUCCUAGUGAAGUCAUAUAUAUAUAUAUAGCAGUAUUUUUAACAACAUAAAAUUGCACUCCCUUGCCAGAAUGCCACUCCCUUAUCAGAAUAAGAAAGGUUUUGGCAUGUUGACGGACACCGGAAGGCGGGAACGUUUGUUGUUUG